CGCAGGCCGGCCGCGUCUCGGUCGUUGCCCGAGUCCGCUGGCCUCCCGCUCUCCGAGGAGCCUUUCCCGCGAAGGCGAGGCGAUGCCAGGCAACCGGCCGCCGAGGGUCCGCUCCGGGAACGAGCCUCGACCCGCGCCCGCCACGGAGUCGGCGGGGCCCGGGGCCUGGGCCCACAGCCGCGCCGCGCUCGACCGGCUGGAGAGGCUGCUGCGCUGCUCGCGUUGCACUAGUAUUCUGAGGGAGCCUGUGUGUUUAGGAGGAUGUGAGCACAUUUUCUGUAGUAAUUGUGUAAGUGACUGCAUUGGAACCGGAUGUCCAGUGUGUUAUACCCCAGCCUGGAUACAAGAUGUGAAGAUAAACAGACAGUUGGACAGCAUGAUCCAGCUUUGCAGUAAGCUUCGACAUUUGCUGCAUGGCCAUGAGCUUUCAGAUUCAAAAGAAGAUACACCUGGGAAAGGUUUAUUUAAUGAUGCAGAACAUAAGAAGAAUUCAAUAAAAAUGUGGUUUAGUCCUCGAAGUAAGAAGGUCAGAUAUGUUGUCACUAAAGUUUCAGUGCAAACCCAACCUCAAAUGAUAAAUGAUGAAAAUAGUCAGCAGGCCUCAAUGUAUGAAUAUGUUUCUCCAAGUCCUACAGGAGGUGUUUCUGAGAGGGCUAAAAAGGCUUCUACAAGAUCUAGAAAAAAGCAAAAAAAGAAAACUCUAGCUGAAAUCAACCAAGAGUGGAAUUUAGAGGCGGAAAAAGAAGAUGGUGAACUUGAUCCCAAACAGGAAUGUAAGGAAAAGCUGGUCUCCUUCUGUAGCCAACCAUCUAUUAUUGCUAGUCCUCAGAUAAAUGGUGAAGUAGACUUCCUGGCAAGUGGCUCUGUAACAGAAUCUGAAAGUUUUGGAAGCUUAACUGAAGUCUCUUUACCAUUGGCUGAACAAAUAGAAUCUCCAGAGAUUAAGAGCAGAGAUGAAGUAGUGACUCCUGAGAAGAAUCUCUGUGAAAAUUAUCUUUCUUCUAAGAAAUCCUUGCCAUUAGGUCAUAGUGGAAAACGUGGUCGUCGCAACAGACUUUCCAGUCCCAUUUCUAAGAGAUCUAGAAGCAGCAUUCUGAGCACUGGUGGAAGUUUUGUCGAGCAAACAGUGCUCUCAGAAAACCUCCCAUUGCCUGGCUGUUCUUCACCACCUUCAACCAAACUUAAAGUUGAUGACGCAUUAGGGAGUAAAAACAGUAAUAUAUCAGAUGAGUCUCUUAGUCUUUCACCAGGAACACCCUCUGCACUGAAUAGUCCAAGUUACAGACGAAUGAUGACCAGCCCCUCAGCAAUGAAGCUGUCACCCAACAGCCUUAUGGCUGCAAAAAGAAAUCAUAGAGGAGAGACUUUGCUCCAUAUUGCUUCUAUUAAGGGUGACAUACCUUCUGUUGAAUACCUCUUACAAAAUGGGAGCGACCCAAAUGUUAAAGACCAUGCUGGAUGGACACCAUUGCAUGAAGCCUGCAAUCAUGGGCACCUAAAGGUAGUCGAAUUGUUGCUCCAGCAUAAGGCCUUGGUGAACACCACCGGGUAUCAGAAUGACUCACCACUUCACGACGCGGCCAAGAAUGGGCAUGUGGAUAUAGUCAAGUUAUUACUUUCCUAUGGAGCCUCCAGGAAUGCAGUUAACAUAUUUGGUCUGCGGCCUGUGGAUUAUGCGGACAGUGAAAAUAUGAAAUCGCUGUUGCUGCUCCCGGAGAAGAAUGAAUCAUCAUCAACUAGCCGUUGCUCAGUAAUGAGCACAGGUCAGCACAGGGGUGGACCUCGUGUGCUUAUAGGCAGUGGGCUUUCUUCAGAACAGCAGAAAAUGCUCAGUGAACUUGCAGCAGUUCUUAAGGCUAAAAAAUGUACUGAGUUUGACAGUACAGUAACUCACGUCAUUGUUCCUGGUGAUACGAUUCAAAGUACCCUGAAAUACAUGCUUGGGAUUCUCAAUGGAUGCUGGAUCCUCAAAUUUGAAUGGGUGAAAGUAUGUCUACAAAGAAAAGAAUACGAACAGGAAGAAAAGUAUGAAAUUCCUGAAGGACCACAGAGAGGCAGGCUCAACAGAGAACAGCUGUUGCCAAAGCUGUUUGAUGGAUGCUACUUCUAUUUUGGGGGAACUUUCAAACACCAUCCAAAGGACAACCUUAUUAAGCUUGUGACUGCAGCUGGGGGCCAGAUCCUCAGCAGAAAGCCCAAGCCAGACAGUGACGUGACUCAGACCAUCAAUACAGUCGCGUACCAUGCCAAACCCGAUUCUGAUCAGCGCCUCUGCACGCAGUAUAUCAUCUAUGAGGAUUUGUCUAAUCAUUGCCCAGAGAAGGUUCGGCAGGGCAAAGUCUGGAUGGCUCCUUCCAGCUGGUUUAUAGAUUGCGUGAUGUCCUUUGAGUUGCUCCCUCUUGACAGCUGAAUACUACACCGGACGAACAUUUCACAUUGAACUUACACAGUGUGAGAACCCAGCCAUUGCACUGUGUUGAUCAUUCAUAUUUUUACAGAUAGGUAGACUCAUUCUUAUUUUUCCCCCCUUAAAUUAGAAAGGAAUUUUAUGCCAGAUUAGGAAAUCAUUCUGUGUUUACCAUUUAGAUGCUGGGAUUGCUUUCAAGGAUUUUUCUUUUUAAAACUGACAUAUGUUUUGAUUCAUCAUGUCUUUCUAUUCAAAUUAUCAGCUAUCAAAGAUUAAUGAGAGGGUAUCAGAACUGUUGGUUAAAUAUACAAGUGGUAUCAUUACUGUCUCAGCCUUUUAAUGUUCUUUGAUGAAAAAAAUCCAUCCUUGCCACCAGCAAAAACACUUCCCAUCUUUUAGUAAACAAAAAAUAUUGUCAAAUAAUUAUUCUGGCUUUAUUGUAAUGAAAAUAGUGUACCUGGUCUAAAUGUGCCACCACAGAUGUUAAACUAUUCUUUUAUCUACAAUUGUCUUCAUCUCACAUUGCGAUUAUUUAGUUUAUUAUAAUUUACUUGAAUGUCUGUUUCUCCGUUUUUAUUCCUUAUUUUUAUCUUGUCUAUUCAUCAGGAAAUCAUGUUUUGAACCUUAAUAUUAUUGUUCUUUGGUGGUGAAGACCAACAUGGGGCUCAUGGUACAUAUUUUUAUUAUAUACACUUGCUUAUUGUUAACUAUCAGUUUAUAACCUUAUCUACAAUAUAUGUAUAUAUACUUAGAGCAUGUUUGCUAACACAUUUUAGUAUCGACAUUUUGUAGAAAGUCUCACUAGACUAGCAAAUUGUCUGUCAAAUGUUAAUAAGCUAAAUUAGGAAGCAGUCUUCUUCCGGUAGACCUUGCUACGUACUGCAAAAAUAAUUAUUUUGAAGGCCUUAAUUUCUUCUUUCGUAAAGUUUUUUUUAAUUUUAGAUUGCUCUGGAGGCAGAAGUUGGGGAUUGCUUGAUUUAGAACAGGUUGUGUCCAGAUGACAUGAAAGGCCCUGACAAUAAGUCUAGAGGGAGGAAUGGCAAGGGAUUCCUCAUGCUACAGGACGGUCAAGGCUGAGGAGCAGGCGGGGCUGGGAGGUUACUCUGGUCUGAGUGUUCUCAUUUGUGAAUCAACGAGCUAGAUUAUAGGUUAGAUCAUUUUAAGACCUUUUUUUAGAGGCAGAAUUCUUUAAUAGGUCUUCCUGGAAAUUGAAUGUACUCAUAAUGUUAAAACCAUGGGAAGGGAGACACUGUGAGACCGGCCAGUUUGGUCCCUCGUGGGCCAAAAACAGUCUGAUAACCACUGCAUUAGAAGACUGAGAGUCUGAAGUUAGUGAACAUUUUAAGAUCCAUUUAUUUGGAAAUUUGAGAUCUGUUCAUUAUUUCAAAAUAAAUUUUACUUUAAUUCUUUCUUUAACAUGUUACUUUUCAUAUCAAGAAAUAUAUCAUAUGAACAGGAUAAUAUACUGCUGACCCCGACCUUCAAGGGUGAACUGGCUCGACUCCCUCUCUCCAGCCAGUGGUGUGUGUGUCCCACGUGUCGUUCUAAUGGAGAGUGAUGAACACCGCAGCCCCAGACAAGUCGGAGGGGUAGAUAAUGUCUGGACUAAAUAAUUGAAGACUCUCGGGGAUUCGGGUUGUCACUUUUGAUUUAUGACUGACUUUCAGUCACUUUUCUGUUGCCUCGGUGGUUGCGACCCUAGGCGGGUUUGUGUCUGUGCCUCUCAUCAGAAUCUCUGUUGGUAAAAACAUGUCUGGGGGCUGCUGCUUACCGUCCUUCCUUCAUUUUCUUCGUGUAUUCCCCUCUCCCUCUGUCCUAUUUUCUUCCCCACAGUUAAGCAGUUUUAUUUUUGGUUUCUUUAAAUAUUUGUUUUGACGGCAGUUGAUUGAUGUUAAGCUCUUGAAACUUGUACUUUGUGUAUAGGUAAACUUGUAAUUAUUUUCAUUUUUCUGUCAUAGAUCUAAGCUUCCUUUUUGUUUACCAUAAAUCAUUAAAGUUCUUUGUGCUUCCUCUAUAGAAGUGACUUAUUCUGCGCUGUUAAAGAAUAAGACUUCACAAGACUUGUGAGGACGUCUUUCAGCUGACAAAGGCUUAUCUUUUUGAACACUAAUGCUUUUUAAUUAAUUUUGGAUAGAAAUAUUUCUAAAGUAUAUUAGAUACUUUAUUACCUUAAAUAAAUUUUU